ACCCGGUAUGCCAGUGCUGUUAUCAGUUCCAAGUGGCGUGUCCUUCAGAGUGAACGCAGCAAGAUGCAGCUAGCGGCGACGGUGGUGUUUUCGAUAGUGUUAGUGGGGCUUGUGGUGGUUUCACAGGCUUCCCCAAGUGAUCGUGACGGCGGUGAUCGAGAAAGCAGCGGUCAAAAUGGAAAUCAAGGUUGGAGUAUAGGCUGGACUCAGCUCUGGAAUCAGUACGGAAAUCAACACGGCAAUGAACACGGAGGUCAUCACGGUAAUCAUGGAAAUGGACACGGCAAUGAGCAUGGAGAACAUAACGGAAAUCAUGGCAACGAACACGAAGGACAUCACGGUAAUCAUGGAAAUGAACACGGAGGUCAUCACGGAAAUCAUGGCAAUGAACACGAAGGACAUCACGAAAAUCAUGGAAAUGAACAAGGCGGUCAUCAUGGCAAUCAAGGAAAUGGACAAGGAGGUCACCACGGUAAUCAUGGAAAUGAACAAGGAGGUCAUCACGAAAAUCAUGGAAAUGGACAAGGAGGUCAUCACGGUAAUCAUGGAAAUGAACAAGGAGGCCCGUGUUGGGUACAUAAUGCCACCACUGCGAACUUUAAGUUGAUCCCUUGCGGCGUACAAGGAGGUCAUCAUGGAAAUGAACACGAAGGACAUCACGGAAAUCAUGGAAAUGGACAAGGAGGUCAUCACGGUAAUCAUGGAAAUGAACAAGGAGGCCAUCACGGUAAUGGCAGCGAACACGAAGGACAUCACGGAAACCAUGGAAAUGAACACGAAGGACAUCACGGAAAUCACGGAAAUGGACAAGGAGGUCAUCACGGUAAUCAUGGAAAUGAACAAGGAGGUCUGUGUUGGGUACAUAAUGCCACCACAGCGAACUAUAGGUUGAUUCCUUGCGGCGUACAAGGAGGUCAUCACGGAAAUCAUGGAAAUGAACACGGAGGCCAUCACGGUAAUCAUGGAAAUGAACAAGGAGGUCAUCACGGUAAUAGCAACGAACACGAAGGACAUCACGGAAAUCAUGGAAAUGAACACGAGGGACAUCACGGAAAUCAUGGCAAUGAACACGGAGGACAUCACGGAAAUCAUGGAAAUGGACAAGGAGGUCAUCAUGGUAAUGGCAACGAACACGAAGGACAUCACGGAAAUCAUGGAAGUGGACAAGGUCAUCACGGAAAUCAUGGAAAUGAACACGGAGGACAUCAUGGAAAUCAUGGAAAUGGACAAGAAGGUCAUCAUGGUAAUCAUGGAAAUGAACAAGAAGGUCCGUGUUGGGUACACAAUGCCACCACUGCGAACUAUAAAUUGGUCCCUUGCGGCGUACAAGGAGGUCAUCAUGUUAAUCAUGGCAAUGAGCAUGGAGGACAUCACGGUAAUCAUGGAAAUCAACAAGGAGGCCAUCACGGUAAUCAUGGAAAUGAACACGGAGGACAUCACGGAAAUCAUGGGAAUGAGCACGGAGGACACCACGGCAAUCAUACGAAUGGAAACGGACCACAUAACGGAAGUCAUGGAAAUGAACAAGGAGGUCAUCACGGAAAUCAUGGAAAUGAACAAGGAGGCCAUCACGGACAGCAUGGGAAUCAACACGGAGGACACAACGGAAAUCAUGGGAAUCAACACGGAGGACACAACGGAAAUCAUGGGAAUGAACACGGCGGUCAUCAUGGGAAUCAUCACGGGGGUCAUGAUGACAACAGGAUUCCCAUACCGAUUAUCAGCGAUAAAGCUGCGUCAGCCAUCGUACAAGCAUCGAGCAUGCUGACAGAUGCCCUGAAGGCAGCAUCAGCCGAAGAGGUCUACGAUAAGACGGGAGUCCUUACGAUCCUACGGGCGUUACUCAUGGAUGCCAUUACGACGAUGAAUACUCUGUUCACCGAGGUCUCCGGAGCAGUUUCCGAUAGAAUCACCAGGAAUCGGGGCCCUGACGAUCCAUUGUCGGAGUUGAUGGACAAAGUGGCACAAGCCGUCAGAGAGUUCAAGAUAGUCCUAAGAAGUAUGGAGGGCAAGGUCAAACCAUCUGAACUAUCCGAUAUCGAAAACGCCAUAGAAGAUAUUGCACAGAAGGUGUCGGAUCUCAAAAUCUUCAGGGCGAAAGGGCAUCAUCAAGAAACGGAACCAAUCAGCACCCAUUACCAUCAUGGCCUGGAUCUUACAACGGUGAUCGAAGAUUGGGCAACUGCCAUCGAGAGCAUCGCUAACUCCAUGAAAACCUUUGCGACAGCAGUACAGAAGGUCAUCACUACCAGAACACUAGCCAUCACUGUUCAAAAGUCGAUUCACAAAUCGCUUGCUAUAAGUGGAUCCUAUCUUAGCUCGGUUUCAAAGCAGCUCAACAGCGGUCUGGAGAGCCUCAAGACCAAACUCGGCCAGUUUGCUCAAAUGACUGUUACGCAGCUAAACCAAGCGUAUUCAUCAAUUACGUCCAACCCGACCAAGUGGCACCACAGGCUUCUGAACAAACUCUACGAAUUUCUAGCUGCCUACAGUGAUUACGUCCACAGGGAAUAUCUACGAAAGAUAGCAUCCACCAUCAACGAAGUCGAACAGGAUAUUGUCUCCGAGAUCAUCAAGCAAACGCGCAAGUCCGGACUGGAGAUCGCCCAGGCUGCCACUCACAUCUCCGAUAAGGCCGCGGCCAGUUUCAACCACAAAGCCUCUACGGACUGUGCUCUGAAGCAGAUCACCAAGCUGAUGGGCUCAACCAACUCGAUCAGUCGGUUGGCCCAGUGCGUAAGCGGGGAGAUCAACAACCUCUACGGACUCCACACCCGUGGACAACAGAUGCUGACUCAGGCCAAGGACAACGCCGCUAACAUCGUUAACCAACUGACGGUCUGCAACAGCGGAACUGACGAUUGUUACCAGAGGUUCACGAACGUGUUCGACCACAAAAAGUCCCGGGCCCGGGAGGAUUUGAAGAACGCCGGUGAACAAAUCGCCGACGCGCUGCAAACCAUCGGCAAGCGGAUCGAGAACUGUCUGGAAGUCGUUGCCGAGGAGAUCAAAACCACCACCAAGAAGUGCAAGAAGGAUUUCGACUUCUGUGCGAGGUUUUGAUCGGGUGUUCCAUCCCAUUUAGUAAGUUGUAAGAAAAGAGUCGAAAGUCUAUUAAGGAAUGUAAUUAUUUAUUACUGAAUAUUUAUUAUUUAUUUCGAGAGAUUCAAACUUAGAAGUGAAGCAAAAACAUUAAAUCUAUUUAUAGACAAAUU